AAGAUAUACUUUUAUAUUUAAUUUUGUUUUUAUUUUUAGGAAACUUAAAAAGGGACCUUUCUUGAUUUUGUAUUAUUUGCCAUCAUAAAUUUGUAUUAUUUGCCAUGGUGUGUAAAAAUCUGUAUUAUGUCUGAGGUAGCAAAGGAUCGUCUACUUGCUAUUGGCACUCGUUUUGCAUCUUAUGAACAUCAGAAUGCAACUAAACUUUCGGAAGUAGAUUCCAAGUACAGAGACCAGGCGGCACAAAAUACACAAACUGCUAAAAUGUCUUUUUGGAAGAAAAACUCUGGAAAAGUUCCUGGGAGGCCUGUAUAUGGAGCACAGCAUCCACCAUUACAUGCAGCCGAUGCACACCUGGCGACUUAUAUCAAAGGUUCGCGAAACAAUAGACAAAAAUCUGGAACAUCAUUUCAAGAAUUUGAAGGAUCCACAUUGGAUGCAUGGGAUGAAGACGAGGAUGAACCAUUAAAAGUUCUUGAAGCUGUUAGCUCAUCUCCACCAAACGACACUACCUCUGGCUUGGAAGUUCGUCAGAAAAUUGGCAAAGAUGACAUUAAUCGGCCAUCCAUGGAUAGACUAUCAUCCACUGAGGAAAUUAAUCGACACCCACAGCCUGCACCAGGUGAAAAACUAGAAGGGAAGACAAGUAAAGCAGCAAGUUUAAAAAACGCUAUGGUGAAUAAGUUAUCAGAAAAACUUGCAAAGGUAAAUCGCAGCAAACCAUCAUCUCCUACUAUACCAAAUGAGCCUGAAGACUUUUUGGCCCCACCUUUACCUCAUUCUCCCAUUCGUCAAGUUCCUGCAGAUUUUCAAGAUCAAGAAAAUGCUCGGCUGGAAAAGUUUGGAAAGUUGCUUUCCGGUCCUACAACAGAUUUAGACCAACUUCGUAAGCUAAGUUGGAAUGGAAUACCAAAAGAAUUGCGUGGAACAGCCUGGAGAUUGUUGUCUGGUUAUCUACCACCCAGCAUAGAUAGGCGACAAGCAACUUUAGAACGUAAACAAACUGAAUACCACAACUUCGUGCAGCAAUACUACCCAACACGUCAUGACCCUUUGCAUCAAGAAACGUACAGACAGAUUCACAUUGACAUUCCUAGAACUAACCCUCUCAUUCCAAUCUUUCAACAAGAAGUAGUGCAAGAGCUCUUCGAAAGGAUACUCUAUAUAUGGGCGAUUCGGCAUCCUGCAAGUGGAUAUGUGCAAGGAAUAAACGACCUUGUUGUUCCGUUUUUUGUCGUUUUCUUAUCUGAACACGUUGAUAAAGAAGUUGAGACGUAUAAUAUCAACAAUGUAUCUAAGGAUAAGCUAGAUAUGGUUGAAGCAGAUACGUAUUGGUGUGUGUCAAAAUUGCUAGAUGGUAUCCAGGAUAAUUACACGUUUGCGCAACCAGGCAUCCAAACGAAAGUGAACACAUUAAAAAACCUGAUAAGUCGGAUUGAUGAUCCGCUAAAUCAGCAUAUUUUGAGCCAUGGAAUCGAUUAUUUGCAGUUUACAUUUCGCUGGAUGAACAAUUUGCUGAUGCGCGAGUUACCGUUGCGAGCUUCUAUACGAUUAUGGGAUACCUAUUGGUCGGAACCUGAUGGUUUUGCGAUGUUUCAUCUCUACGUGUGCGCUGCACUUUUAACUCUCUUCUCAAAGGAAAUUAUGAGCAAAGUAGAAUUUCAGAGUUUAAUGGUAUUUCUUCAAAACCUUCCAUGCAAAGAUUGGCAGGAUGAUGAUAUUUCUUGCUUACUAGCGGAAGCCUACAGACUGAAAUUUGUUUUUGCAGACGCGCCGAAGCAUUUAGGGAAGAAAUGAUUCUACCUUGAUUGACCAUUUUUUUAAUAUCAUGGGAUGUGAGAAAUGAUGAAUGCCUACUAGAGGCAUUCAUAAAAACGACAUUUUAUACACAAAAUCUGUAAAAAUAUAUUUGUACAGGUGACAGGUUGUUGUCCGCAUUUCCCACUACUUACGCUAAGAGGCGGAAUGAGUGCACAUUGUUUUUUAUGUGGAUUAGACAUAGCUGUUCACAAAUGUUGCCAAGGUGAAAAGUAGAUUGGUACCAUUUAAAACCCAAUGAGAGAGCGCGUAAAUUAAACAUGGAUAUCUUGAUGAUAUUUUAUUUUACUUAAUUGGUAACAGACUAAGAUUAGAGUUUCUAUGUGGGUAAGCAAAAUUGGGAUUAAAAACUGGCCUAUUCUCCAGUGAUCUAAUCUUCGUCAGGGAUUUCAUCUUCUAAAGCGAGACCGUCACAGGGAGGAAGGUAAAGUAAUCUUUUGUCUUUUUAAAGGACUGAAUCGCAAAUCAUAUUUUAAGUCUAGUAACUGAUACUUAUAAUAUUCAUACUAAUUAGUACGCAUGCGUUUAUGCUUUUCAAUAUAGGCAAAAUAUUUCCACCGAGCGAUCCUGGUAGUUUUAUAGUAAAUAUAUAGGUUGUUUAUUAAUAUUAUUAUUAUUUUUACGAAUACUUUGUAUAUUUCUGAAUCUAGCUAAAUAUUUUGGUGAGGUGGUUAAA